AAAAUGUGUUUCAUCUAGGAAAUACGAGCACAAACAGGGUUGAGUCGUCACAUUCCGCUUUGAAGACUUUCCUCCACAACUCGCGGGGAUCUAUGGACACUGUAUGGAAAGGAAACCACCGCUACAUUACUAACCAACUCGGGGAGGUUAGGAUGAUGUUGGAAAACUCUAGACAGAAAACCCUUUCAGCAUCCGGUGGUACACCAUUCACAUUCUUGAGAAGGAAGGUCAGCAUGCAGGCAAUUAUAUUAAUGAAGGAGGCUGAAGAAGAAUUGGGUGCCCGCUUGGAAAAAAAUGAGAACUCCCGAUGUGCAUGUCAUUUCUCUGUGACACACGGCUUGAGGUGUGGAUGUCAAGUUAUGGAUGGCAGAGCGCGAGACAUAGAGAUAUAUCCCGGUGAUAUUCAUAUAUAUUGGCGGACACUGUCAUAUGAGCAUCCACCCAAUGCUCAGGAGUACGUUCCCCAGGAGGAGGAGGCUAGAUCUCACCUUCGGGAGUUGGUUGAUGAGGCUGUACGCAGAGGACCAGAGGCAACUAAAAAAGCAGCAAAGAACGUGUUUCGCGGUCUCCACCCGGCGGAGGACAACAUUCACGAGCCAGAAGUGAACGAAUUUAGAAAGGGGCGCCCAGCCAAAAAAUCAACUGGAAGAAUGAAAGGGUGGUGGGAAAAGAUACUGCGAGGCAAUAAGAAAAGCAUGAAAAAGAAGUCGGGAAGCACAACGUCGGGGUCUACAAAGUCGACCAGUACCAAGUCCACGGGGACUCAGACAGACGAGUACCCGUCAGACGACCAUGCAGCGGAGGAGUGUGAUGAUCCAGAAGAUAACAACAAAUACAACUGCUUUGACACAGAUAUCCCUGGACCCAGCAGCGCCCAUUCCGAUUACGAACACAUGGAACUGCUUCCUGUCUUCAUUCGGCCGCUUGUCAUUGCCAUCCACGACCCGGCGCCAGACGGUCAUUGUGGGUUUCGUGCACUUAGUUUUGCACUAUAUGGUACUCAAGAAGGGUUCACAGGGGUGAGGACACGACUUGCUGAA